CUUCUUCUCGUUUUGCUAGCUCUUCAGGAGUCAUCUCAGAUUUUGGUUUGGUUAAUGAAGACCUAUGAAAAAAAGUGAACAAUUAUAAAAAUACUAUAACAAAAAAUAUUUUAUAUGAUAUGAUUUUAAUAAAAAUCAUUUGCAAUCUAUAAAUAAAAUUUAUGUGAAAAAAUAAAAACCCACAUCAACAUUUAAGGUUAUAUUUCUCUGAUUAAAUACGCAAAUAGAUUAAGACGAUAGAAAAUGUUAUUUAAAUGCUUACAUUUUGAUGAUGUUAUUUUAUAAGUGACAAAAACAACAAAAGUUUUAUUUCAGUAACAGUAUUAUCACAAUAUACACUGAUUACAGUUUAAGAGCGUAAUACGGCAAACUGUUUAUUGCAACCACGAAGCGCUUUUUUCAUCUACUGUUUUCUUUCUGUCUCGAAAUCUAUUUUACUACGAAGCAAUAAAAAAUGAAGACAGCUCGUCAGAAGAAAGCAAGAAAGAAUUUGGGAUUUUUUAUUAACAAUUUCAAAUUUAGACCACCGUUUCAAAUUCUUAUCGAUGGUACAUUUGCGUUUGCUGCGUUAGAGAAUAAAUUCAACAUACAUGAUCAAUUAUCAAAAUAUUUUCAAGCGGAAAUUAAAUUAUUAACAACACCAUGUAUCAUUUUGGAAACUGAAAAGCUAGGUUCAUUUUCUAAAGCAGUCACUGGUGCUAUGCAAAUAGUUAAACAAUAUCCUGUACAUAAAUGUGGUCAUGAAAAACAUUCAAUAACUGGUACAGAAUGUUUACGAUCAAUGGUUGGAGAAAGUAACAUAUCUAGAUAUAUUGUAGCUACACAAGACAGAGAACUUCAAGAUAUUUUAAGGAAAAUUCCAUGUGUGCCCAUAUUGUACUUACAUGGUAAAGCUCCAACUUUGGAAGCCCCUUCACAAGCAAGUCGUGAACAUGCUCAGAAUAUUCGUGAAAGAUUAGGCAUGAGUACUUGGGAAAAGGAAAAUAUUAAAACAUUGAAAAAAGUAGCAGGUUUAGAAGAUAAAACAGAACACAAGCUGAGAAAAAAAAGGAAGAAAGGUGGCCCUAAUCCACUUAGUUGUUUAAAAAAAAAGAAAAAACCACAGACAGGAAUCUCAAAUAAUACAACAGGAACAAAAUCCGGAAGAGUUAGGAAAAGAAAGAAGAUUAAGUUAGCAUCACAUGUUAAAGAAAUAUUAGUUCGUGAAAUUAAAAAUAAAUAGACAGCAAAAAUAUAAAUUGUUGGAAACUGAUAACAAUUUACACGAAGCAAAUAUCGGAAUUUAUGUAAAUAAAUUUCAUUUUUAUUCAUAAUA